AUGGCCACAACACAAGAUGAACCAGAAACCCAAACACCUCCAACCCAAACUGAAAUCGAAAGCAGAAGCGACGUGGAAGGAGGGGAAGGCCCCUGGACCCUCACCGCCCCACAAACAACCAUCCUCCUAACCCACGCCCCUCUCUCCUCGACCUGGGCCCUCGACGCCGUCCGCAGCCCCGAGGCUGGCGCGCUGGUCCUCUUCGCAGGGACGACGCGCGCCCACUUCGCCGGCCGCCGCGUGCGCUCCCUGCGCUACGAGUCCUACGUGCCCCUCGCGCUGCGCACCAUGCUCUCCGUCGCCGAGCGCGCCCGCGACGCCCACGACCUGCUCGGCGUCGCUGUCGCCCAUCGCCUGGGCGACGUCCCCGUCGGUGAGGAGAGCGUGCUCAUCGCCGUCGCGGCCGCUCAUAGGGGUCCUGCCUGGCGCGCGGGGGAGGAGGUGUUGGAGGAUGUCAAGGCCAAUGUCGAGGUGUGGAAGUUUGAGGAGUUUGAGGAUGGGGGUGGCGUUUGGAGGGCGAACCGCGAUGGGGCUGUCGGGGUGCGUGUUGAUGAUGGUGAAGGCAAAGAUGGUGGUGUCGAGGGUGCUUAG